ACUUAGAAAGAGCAGUGGUGGGGAGGCAGUGCAGCUGAAGUCAGACAGAUGGGACUAUAUUAUCACUAGACAGUAACAGAGUCAUCUGCAAUCACAUUGAAGAAGACAAAACAACAUAGAUUAGGAAUUCAGAUGAAAUGCAUGGAUGUUUAAGCAGGAAAGCGCACACUAGAGAGAAAUGGGAAUUAUGCAAAGUAUUUUCUGUUAACCGGCAGCUGAUAGAGCGAUAAGAGUCACAAAGCCCAUAGUCAGGCUCUAGCAGAAGAGUUUAGUUACACAGCAUGGAUGGCCAAAGAGUGGAGGAUGCCGGGAGUGGACAGAGGAGGCUCAUCUGGAUAAUUCUUGGCCCAGUUCUGCUGAUGGCACUAGUUGCUGGAAUUUUCACUGCUUCCACCAUAGCACAAAGGAAGACACAGGUAGACUCUGUGGUGGCUCCAGUCCCAGCUCUUCGCCUGCCGUAUCAUCUGAGGACGAAGAGGUACACCCUGACUCCAGGCCUGCUCAAAUGGGACCAUUUCAAUCUGACAUACAGAAUUGUCUCAUUUCCAAGAAACCUAAUUAAUGAGAGUGAAACAAGGAGGGGUAUAUCAUUGGCUUUCCGUAUGUGGAGUGAUACGACUCCCUUCCACUUCAAAGAAGUCCAUGCAGAUGAAGAAAGCGAUCUGAAGAUUGGUUUCUACGGUAUAAAUCACACGGACUGCCUGGAGUCAAGCAUCCACUACUGCUUUGAUGGGACAACUGGGGAGUUAGCGCAUGCCUACUUUCCAAAGACUGGGGAAAUUCACUUUGAUGACAGUGAAUACUGGAUUGUGGGAAACACCCGGUUUAGCUGGAAGAAAGGAGUGUGGCUGACAGAUCUGGUACAUGUAGGAGCACAUGAGAUCGGACACUCUCUGGGACUCAUGCACUCUCUGAACAGAGACGCUCUGAUGCAUAUUAAUGCCACACUGACUGGGAAGAAGAUCAUCUCCCAAGAUGACAUGUGGGGGAUCUACAGCCUAUAUGGGUGCAGGGACAGAUAUCUGGUAUGUGCCAGCUGGGCACAGAAAGGGUAUUGCGACUCCAGAAGGAAACCUAUGAAGAAGUAUUGCCCAUAUAGCUGUGAUUUCUGCUAUGAUUUUCCAUUCCCUACACGCUUGCCAACACCGAUACCACCCAGAACCAAAGUCCGCCUGGUUCCAGAAGGCAGGAACAUGACCUUUCGAUGUGGGAAAAAAAUUAUCCACAAAAAAGGGAAAGUUUAUUGGUACAAAGAUAACGAGCUCCUAGAAUACUCUUAUCCUGGAUACCUGUCCUUAAACGAUGACCACAUGAGUAUAAUUGCCAAUGCAAUCAACGAAGGCCUCUACACCUGCAUUGUGAGGAAAAGGGACCGAGUGCUGACAACAUAUUCCUGGAAUAUAAGAGUACAAUUGUGAUAAAUGUUGUAGGUAAAUGGAGAUUUGGACUACAUGGGACCAUCAGUUCCACCGACUGAAAGGAGGCACCACCAUUUCUUUGCAACUAGCCACAUGCCAUGUCUAAUUACAGCUGGUACGCCUAGAUUCUCUGAGCUGGGCUGGGUAUGGUGGUAAUAGAAUGGGAAAAUGUCUACUGAGGAAUCAUUGUAUUAUUGAGCUUUGCACAUUUUACCCCUUCCAAACAUUUUUAAUUGCUAGGGAGGUACAAAACCCCUUGCUGGGGUGGAUUUAGUAGUAUUUUUCUA